CCAGUACGGACCAGAACGGGGACGGCGUCCGGUCCGGCCCGGCCUAGUCCGCCCGAGCCCCAUCCGCGCUCCGCAGACCUGCCCGCCUCCCACCCGGCCUGAACCAUGCUCGCCCUGGCCCUGGGCCUGGCCCUGGGGCUGCUGCUGCUGCCACCACGGCCGGCCCCGGCCCAGGACCCAGCCCAGGACCCGGCCCCGGACUCCGCCGACCCGGCUCCAGCUCCGGCCCCGGCCCCGCAGCAGUGUGCGGUGUGUGCGGGCUCGGGGCCCGGGCUGGGGCGGUCCGGGGAGCGGGCCCAGCUGCUGGCCCUGGCCCGGCACACCAUCCUUAGCAAACUGCGCCUGCAACAGCGGCCCCCGCUGCCCCGGCCCGUGCCUGGCGCUGCCCUGCAGGAAGCUCUGAGGAGGCUCAGCCACAGGGGCGGGCCGGGGGCAGGCCCGGGGGGCACCCAGGGGAACAACCAGUGGGGCCCCGGGGCCCUGGAGCCCGAGUAUGAGAUCAUCAGCUUCGCUUCAGAGCAGGGUCCAGCCGCCAGCCCCCAGCCCCGCCUGGAUUUGCAGUUCUCCCCAGGGCGGGGUCCGGCUGGCGACGAUGUGGAGAUCUUGGAGCUGACGCUCAGCAUCUUCCUGGCCCUGCCGGCCAACGGCUCGGGCACCGCCCGGCUGCGGCUGCUGAGCCCACCUCGGCCGGGUGCCAACCUCUCCCUGGCCGCCGAGCAGCUCCUGCAGGUGAGCCGCAGUGGGUGGCACCGGCUGAGCCUGGGCCCCCCUGGGCGGGACGCCUGGGGACAGGGCCUCCUGAUGGUCCAGGUGGAGGUGGUGGGCUCCACGGUCCAGGCAGAUGGCGACCACCGGCCCUUCGUGGUGGCGCGGGCGCGGGCCGGCCGGCAGCGGCGAGCACGGCGCCAGGCCCCGGACUGUAAGCCGGGUGCCAGGAUGUGCUGCCGACACGAGUUCUUCGUGGACUUCCGGGAGCUGGGCUGGGGCGGCUGGAUCCUGCAGCCCGAGGGCUACACCAUGAACUACUGUGCCGGGCAGUGCCCGCUGCACCUGGCCGGAAGCCCGGGCAUCGCCGCCUCCUUCCACGCCGCCCUGCUCAGUCUGCUCAAGGCCAACCAGGCCCCCGCACCCGCGACCUCCUCCUGCUGCGUGCCCACCGCCUGGCGGCCCCUCUCCCUGCUCUACCUGGACCCCAGCGGCAGCGUGGUCAAGGCCGACGUACCCGACAUGGUAGUGGAGGCCUGUGGCUGCAGCUAAUCCAGCCAGGGGUGGGCCCGGACCCCCCCGAGCCCAGGCUUUCACACCAUCCCCACCAUGUCCUCUCCCCCCGGCCACCCCUAUUCUUGGCUUCUCUCUCGGCCGUGGCCAGGGCCCUCUUCCCACAAUAGGAAGCAGACAGAUGCCCACCUGCACUUGUCCCAGUUCCUCCCAAGGUCCCCCCGCCUCCCGCUAGGCUAGGACCCUCUAUGUCCAACCUCCCUUCCCGGAAGAAGAGGAAGUGGCAAGCGUUCUGCGUCUCCAAUAAAUGCUAAAU